UCUAAAACCUUCAAAUCAUAGUAAAUCUUGAAUGAUUUUGUGCAUAUUCACGUGUUUUCUUAUUCAUCAUAUCACAAGUGACAAUUGACAUCGUUUUGACAUGAAUCGCCUGCUUAUAAUGCCGAUUAUAAGGCAAGUGCACUGAAUGCACGACACACACACGCGCACACACACACAUAUGGUGGCUUAUUAGGUGUACUUACAAAAAUGAGUUCAUACAAUGCACCCAAUUCUAAAUGCAGCCUUAAGACAUUGAAUUUUGGAUUUUAAUUAGUAGCAUUAGUCUGAUAUGAUGAUAUAACAUAGGUUCACAACUAACCAAUAUUGCCAAAGACCUAAUAAAUCCCAAAUUGUAAAUUCUAACCCUAAAUUUCUAAACAAUAAAUUCAUCAAAUCAAGUGUGCGAAUUCAUGCACUUUCUUACCCAUCAUAUCAUAAGUGAUGAUUGACAUCGUUUUAACAUGAAUCGCUUGCUCAGAAUGAUAAUUACGAAGCGAGAAUAUUGAAUGCAUGGACUAAAAACAUAAAUGCAAGACGGAAUAAAAAAAAAAUUAACAUUAAUCUGACUUAUUUUUUUCUUAUCAUGCAUAGACAUGCAGACAUACAUCACGUGUAUUAUUUAUCACCAAUAACGAACGUCCAUUUAAUGUCAAUGUUUGCAUUAUUUGAUGGUUAUUCCAUGCUCAGGUCAACUUCGAUGGCAAUUUUGAGUUAAUUUCUAGCAAGUGUACCCUCUCACACUCUAUCAGCCCCUUUAAAUCAAUUUUACAUAAUGUUCACUAUUUAUAUAUACAAAUAGUAAGUUUCCAAUAUUUUAUAUUCAAUUCGAAUAACCUUAUUAGAGCAUCUAUAUUGAUAUUGCAUUUUUUAAUUGCAAGAUAAUAUGACAUGAGUGUUUGCAAUUGCAAAACCAAUUGCAUUGAUGUGGCUACCAAUUGCAUAUUUACAACCUUGCAACAAAUGCAAUUGCAUAUACAAAUAAAAAAGACCUAAAAAUGUGGCUACCAAUUGCAUCUUUUACUUUAUUUUCUAUAAUUCAAAACAUAACAUUUAAUUAUAUAUGCAAUUGCAAACGGAUUGCAUUUAUAGGUGCAAUGACAUUCAUAUGAGUUGGAUAAAAAAAUAUUGAUAUGGAUAAAAAAAAUUUCAUAUGCAAUUGAACUUGCAAUUGCAUUGAUGUGAAUGCUCUUAUUAUUCGUAUAUUUGAUUAUUAAAUACAAUACUAUUUAAUUUAGUAUUUGGUACAAAUGGAUACAUAUCAAAACAUUUCGAAUUAGGUAAGCGACUUCGCUUUCCCGGCCACGUGCAAGUCGUUGUAAACAGGAACUCCGAGGAUUAGGUAAGCGGCUAAGCGCCGGUGGCGGACUGAAAAGUUCCGCUCCCCAGGAAAUAAUGCCGAGACGAAGACAAGUUAGACAACAAAACAAAAGCAAUAACUACCAACAAUGGAAAUGGAGUAAUGAUGCAUGGUGAUAUUUUCUACCUUGGCUCCUGUGUUUGCUGUCCAUUCAUAUUGUGAUUGUGACAAUUCACCUCAGGUUGUGUCUUUCUCAUCACCUCAAAACUUUGUGCCACCAUUAUUGGUGCAUUCACGAUAACCAAAUAUCCCUACCAUGUGAGAGUACUGUUUUGGAUAAGGCUGAAUCGCCAACAAAGUAUCAAAUAAUAGUCUCCCCAAGAAAACACUCGAUUUUGUUCCUUGUUAUAAGAAUGAAAAUUUUGAGCUCUCAAUUAAUCUAAUUUAAUUCUUCUUUUUGUGCCUGAUGCGUCAAAUUCCAGUGAGGGAGGCAGAUCAAUGGAAGUUGCGGUGAAGUCAGUGGAGAAUGUGAAACCAUCAUGUCCAUCACAGCUGAAGCCGUUCAAGCUCUGCCUUCUCGACCAGAUGAUGGGCAGAGGUUACAUUGGGCUCGUCCUCUUCUACCCGCCGACGCCGGCCGACGGCGAAAAGGAGACGGUGGAAGCUGGCGGCGGUGAUCAGAAAGUGGAGAAGCUCAAAGCCUCGCUGUCCAAAACCCUAAACUCCUUCUACCCGCUGGCCGGGAGGGUGAAGGACAACGCGAGGGUCGAGGACUUCGAAGCUGGCGUCCCAUUCGUGGAGUCUCAAGUGAAGGGAUACGACAGCGUUUCAGCGUUUCUAGAGUCUCCAAACUUGCAAGUCCUCAACAAGUUCCUCCCCGUGGAGCCUUUCUGCCUUCCCAACGCACACCACGAGCCACUCCCCCCGCCGUUGCUCGUCCAAGUCAACACGUUCGACUGCGGCGGGAUAGCUGUCGGCCUGUGCUUGAACCACAAGCUCGCCGACGGUGUUGCUACCAACUCCUUUCUCAGGAGCUGGUCAGCACACUGCAACAACAACAACAACAGCACGAAUCAUGAUAAUGAUUCGAUAAUAACCUCUCAAGGUUCUUCAGUUUUCCCUCCUCGAGAAUCGAUGCCUCCCCACGUAGAGCGACUGCACGACAAGAUGUUUCUCGAGAAGGGAAAAAGACCCGCCACGAGGAGAUUCGUGUUCGAUGCGAACGCAGUAGCCUCAAUCAAAGCAGAGGCCAGAACCAGCUGCCCGGUUCUUGAGAAUCCAUCUCGAACCGAAGCGAUGCUAGCCUUCAUAUGGAAAUCCAUCAUGACUGCAGCGAUUUCGACUAGCCCUGGCCCUCCUCCCCCACCGCAGUUUCUGAUGCAACCGGUCAAUGUGAGGCCUCGAAUGAACCUUUCGGAUGAAUGCUUCGGGAACCUCUUCUGCAUGGCGAUGGCAUACUCGAACGAUCCUCCGAAUCAGGAUGUGGGCGAGCUAGCUCAGCUCAUAAGGGUAGGAGUGAGCAGGGUCGACCACAAGUUUCUUAAAGCACUAUCCAACGACGAUGGGUUCGAAGCCAUGGUCGAGAUGCUAAAUCAGUUGAGUGAGGUCAGCCAGCCGCAGAUGUUGUGCGGGUCUAGUUGGCUAAGGUUUUGCUUUGACGAAGUCGAUUUUGGGUGGGGGAAGCCGGCAUGGACCGGUGUCCUUGGGGAGGCUAGCGCCGACUACCCUUCAUACAGCAACUUAAUCAUUCUGAAGGAGCACUUGGCGCACCGCCAAGAUGCCGCCGGCGUAGAGGCUUGGAUCAGGUUGGAUGUGGAUGUGAUGGCUACUCUUGAACAUGAUCCUCACUUCUUGCAAUUUGCUUCCCCCAAUCCUCCUAUCUUUUGCUCCUCAUCAUGAGCUAGUUGUUCGAUCAAGCGAGCUUUGUUUUUCUUGGUAGACGGUUUUAGUGGUAUGAAAUUGUUAAAACACUGUCAAACUAUAAUUGUAGUACAAAAUGUUAUGCCAAUGAAAUAUUCAGUAUGGGUGACGACCCGGACAAAGCACCUUAUUUGAUCUUCGUUCUCUUUUUAUUUUGUAUCGUUUUGAUUUUUUGAUUUUUUUUCUCUCUCUCUGUUGCUAGGGCGGGGUAGCGUACUCAGGAUCCAUUAGAAUAUCCGUUUCUUGCCAAAUGAUGCUACUCUUCCAUACAAAUUAAAGAAUAGUUGAUUAAACUAAGAUAAUGGGG